GAAAAAAGCUACGAGGGAAAAGUGUGGGAUAAGACUGCUUUGCAUAAAAUGACCCAGACAGACUGCCUGUCGCAGCAGACGAGUGUCCUGUGAAGUUGCUCCCACACACUUUUCAGGCUGUUUUAAAGAUGGAAGCCACGCUGGGUGAACAGACUGCUGUGGGUUUUUCAGCGGGGACUGAAGGACCUGAACACCGACAGGAGCUGGAAGCCUCUGACGAAGCUGUCACGUUCAUGUCCGGCAUUGAGCCUGCCGAGCUGCAGAUAUGUGUGUUUGCAGACUCGCUGAUGACUGUAUCAGAGGAGGGGAGAGAGCUGGGGGAGUUCAGUGUGACGGUGGAGUUUGUCCGGAGAGAGCAGCCAUGCAUGAUGCUUCAUGCUCAGAGCCAAGGAGCCAUUGAUGACUGCCCCUGUGGGACAGCAGUGACAGCCUACCUAACGACUGACCUGGAGGUGCUGGAGGAAGAUCACCAUGAAUAUAUCAAGCUUGAGGGCCACAGUGUGGACAAAAGGUGUCACAUGGUGCAGCGUGACGGGCAGAUGGUGAUCCAUAAGGUUACGACUGUGGGAGAGGAGGUGACAGAGGAGAGCAUGUCCUAUCCCAUGUCUGUCCUGAGAGGGCUGGUAACUGAGGGCUCCAGCUUGCUGCUGAUGCGCCUGAUCGCUCUAAGGAGGAAGAUGCCAGAAAACAUGACGUUUGUCUCCUUAGACCCAGGAUUACACAUCAUUUACACCUCCUUUAGAGAGCUGGGUCAGAGGCAGCUAGAGGUCGGGGCUGAGGUCCUGGAUGUAUUUGGGGUAGAGAGGAUUAUUCAGGCCAUGGAGGGCAGCCCCAGUACCUGGCAGUGCUACUUCCUGGAUGAUGGGCAUCUGGUGACCAGAGUUCAGGUGGGGUCACCGGUCACCAUGAGACUUCUAGAGUUGCCAUCAAAGGCAGAAAAAGUAGAUUUCAAGAAGAUCCCCCUUGUGUGGGAGGAAGACAUGCAGAUGCGUUCUAAGUUCCUGGACAGAAAGGAAGAGCUAAAGGCCGACCACUCCUCAUACUUGAGACAGCAUCCAGAGAUUCGAGCACUAAUAUCUGACUUCCUACAGUUGCUGUUGUUGAGAAAACCAGACGACGUCUUCCUGUUUGCCAGAGAGUACUUCACCACUUUUGCCUCUCGUCAUCCUGCAGACGCAGACCAGGAAGCCCAGUCCCUCUAGUCACAUUAUCACAUGCUCACAAACUGUCUCUUUACAAGCUUCAUAUAUGUUUGUUCAUGAGAAUAAGCUUCACUGUCAUUUAGAAAGUGCUUUUGUUUUUUAUUCCGAGUCACUGAUUAUUAGUUGUAUCUGUGAACAUUUGGUGGAGAGGAACACAAACGUUUAAACCUCAGACUUUGUGAUCUUUCCAGUAAGAAAGUAAAGGGGUUUUUUUCAGUUUCAGUUUCAGUAGUUUGGGCUUCUUGUACACGUUUGGGCAAAGCCCCCUGGCGACACAUAAUUAAAAAAAAAAAAAAAAAAGCACGUGAGUUUUCAAAA